AGAUGAAAUCGUCCUCAGCUUCAGUUAAAUAUAUGUGAAUAUGUUGUGAAAUGAUUAUUGAUCGCGACAGUGGGUUUUACGUAAGAGACGGAACGUCCAUUCAGGGUGGAAGAGUCUGAGAGCAGUCCCGCAGUGCAGCUAACGGCUCCAGCUCUACGUGAAGGUCACGCUGGCAAACCAGGAGCGCGAGCGUACUGCGCAAAACCCGGAGUCCGGACCGGGCCCUGACGUCACGGGGAGCCAUUAGAGCCGUCAGGGCCAUAAGAGCCGCGCUUUGACAGGCUGCUGCUGGGGAGUUCGAGCACAGAAACCCGUCACAGAGCCGAGGAUAAAAGGCUAAGCCGAGGACGCGCUUGGUCUCCUGCUGCAGCAAAACCCUCCGCAGCGCAGCUCCAUCUGUGCGCUGCCUCUCCGUGGCACCGCGGAACAAAGCGGCGGAGCAGGGCCGAGUCGGGCUCCGCAAUAACAGGGCGGCAUCGCGGUUCCCAAAGCUCAGUGGCCGCGCAUAUUGAAUCCAAAGCACAAAGUCCACAAGUGCAAAACACGAGAAGCUGGCAGAUGAUGUCGCGCGCAGGAUCAAAUUGAAAUGAGGCAGUGCCAGUGGUACUAGAACGGGGAUUCAUGUCGCUCUGAUUUUUUUUUUUUUUCUUUUUUUGUCUGCAUUCAUCUCCUGGCAAUCAUGGGAUCGCUGACCAGCAGGCAGAACGCCGGGGUGGAGGAGGUGGACAUCCCGUCCAAUUCUGUGUACCGCUAUCCGCCGAAAUCCGGUAGCUACUUUGCCAGCCAUUUCAUCAUGGGAGGAGAGAAGUUUGACUCCACGCACCCAGAAGGCUACUUGUUUGGGGAGAACACAGACCUCAAUUUCCUUGGGAACAGGCCAGUGGCGUUUCCGUAUGCAGCACCUCCACCUCAUGAGCCGGUAAAGACACUGCGGAGCCUCAUCAAUAUCCGCAAGGACACACUGAGAUUAGUGAGGUGCAGCGAUGACGUUAAGCUGCCCGCGGAUGAGGAGGGCAAGAGUCAUGCCUGCUACAAUGUGGAGUUCACCUUUGACGCUGACACUCAGGUUGCUGUCACCAUAUUCUACCAGGCCAUCGAGGAGUUCCACAAUGGAGUGCCAAUAUACCUGCCCCAGGACAGCUCCCUGCAGUCUGAGACAGUGCAUUUUAAGAGGGGCGUCUGCCAGCAGUUCUGCUUGCCUUCACACUCCAUCAACUUGUCGGAGUGGAGUGACGAGGAGCUGCUUUUUGACAUGGACAAAGAUGUCUACCCAAUGGUGGUGCAGGCUGUAGUGGAUGAGGGAGAAGAGCAUUUAGGUCACUCCCAUGUGCUAUUAGCCUCCUUUGAGAAGCACAUGGAUGGUAGCUACUGCGUGAAGCCCCUGAAGCAGAAGCAAGUGGUGGAUGGGGUCAGCUACCUUCUCCAAGAAAUUUAUGGCAUUGAGAACAAAUAUAACAGCCAGGAGUCAAAGGUGGCGGACGACGAGAUCAGUGACAACAGCGCAGAGUGUGUGGUGUGCCUGUCGGACGUUCGUGACACACUCAUCUUGCCAUGCCGACACCUGUGCCUCUGCAACGCCUGUGCGGACACUCUGCGCUAUCAGGCCAACUGCUGUCCCAUCUGCCGCCUGCCUUUCCGAGCUCUGCUGCAGAUCCGGGCCUUGAGGAAAAAGCUGAGCCCCCUCUCCCCAACCAGCUUCAACCCCGUCAUCACCUCCCAGACCUCCGACUCGGAAGAGCACUCGGCCUCGGAGCACAUCCCACCCGGGUAUGAAACCGUGUCUCUCCUGGAGGCUCUCAACGGCCCCCUGAGCCCCCCCACCUCUGCCCCACCCUUGCCGAGCUUGGCCGCAGGUCACGUCUCUGGGACCCUACCAUCAUACGGUACAGAGACUCACCCCCUUCCCGCGAGGUCCCUCUCCCCCCUGGACCGGUACCUUGACCCCAGUCAGGGGCUGAAGCUCAAGAAAAGUAGUUCCAAGUCCCUGUCUCAGAAUUCCUCAGUGCUGCCUGAAGAGGAUGAUGAGAAGUCGUGCAGUGAGUCGGAGGCACGGGCAUGUCGAAGGAAGAUAGCUGUUGAUCAGGCUGAAUGUGGCGUGACGCCUGAGAGCGAGAACCUCACCCUGUCCUCCUCUGGAGCCAUCGAUCAGUCGUCGUGCACCGGGACACCCCUGUCCUCCACCAUCACUUCCCCUGAAGAUCCAGUGAGCAGUAGCCUGGCCCAGUCUGUGAUGUCGAUGGCAUCCUCCCAAAGCCAGCACUCCCGGAUUAGCACUGACACCCUGUCCUCCAUGUCGGGCUCCUACGUUGCUGGAGCUGACGGGGAAGGCCCUGAGACCCCCAUGGAGAGCAGGGACCCAUCCCAGCAGGAAGGGGAGGGGACGCCGGUCGAAGUGCAGGAGCAGAACUUUGCCGCGGCAAUGGCCGAGGAGCAGGACUCUGAGGGCAACGAUGUCACUGAAGAGGACUGUCCUUCGCCCACCCAGGACCAGGGUGGGCGGAGGAGAAGCGAGGUGACUUGUCCAGAGUUUGACAAUAACAAUCAGGGCCAGUGUGAGACCCCCUGCUUGACAGGGCUGGACAAUGAGCAGUGCCCUGAAGGCCGAUUCGCUGGCCUGCUGUACCUGGGAUUCAACCGACAGGGACAGGAACCCCUGCCGCAGCAUGCCUCCACCAGCAACAUCAACCUGGAAGAAAGGGGUCCUGGUGGCACAGGAACGAGUCCUAAAAACACACCCCACCGCGGACCCCUUGCUGUAUAACUGCACCCCAGCUUGAAAUGGCUGAUUCCCCCCCCCCCCCAAUGCCAUCAGCCAUGCUCUUCCCACUAACAGCGAAUACAGGGGAGAGAACUCCGAACCCUAACUUUCAAGCAUCCAUCUACUACAGAUCAACCUUUCUCUAUCCAGGGACAAACUGUCCUUGUUUGGGCAGGGAUCAGGACCAGGUUUCCCUAGGGACAUCCAAAGAAGAAAGUAGUGUACUGAAGGACCCAGUGUAAAUGUGUAUAUUAAAAAGAAACCGGUUUCCUUAACCAGACAUGGGACAGUGGAGAUGCUUUCCUGUUCCACAAUGAUUGAUUUACUGGUCUCUGGAAUGCUGUAGGCUCCAUUGUCUUCUCCACAUGAGCAGUCAGAUUUCUCUAGCCUGACCUCCACCAACCUGACCACCCAGCCCUGCUCCCAGCCCGAGCCUCCCAUGAGGCCUCCAUGAUUUAGGGUGCCGACAGGCACGCCAACCUGCACCCCGGGACAUGUCGAGGGGAGGGCAAUGACUCAAGCAGACUGUUCUCUUGCCAUUUCCUCCUAGCAAAAAUGGGACAAGCAGACAGAGUCUUGCCUUUGGUUUCAAGUUAUCUCCUUAGGUACACUUGGAGUUACUAUCUAUAGUAGUACUAGCCUGGUUGCUCCUCCCCAUCCCCUCUGAACUGGAAAAGACAAUAGUACAUUAGCUGUUGGUCAGUGGGAGCCCGGCUAGCAGAAUGACUUUCUGGAAGCUUCUAGAACUGUUAUGGGUUCCACAUGAAGAAAAGGGACCGAAGGAAAUGCACCACAAUCAAGUCAUUGCAUUACAUCAUAUUUUUUUUUUUUUUCUUUUUCAGUUGCUUGUAUAAAGGAUUCCCUUCAUUGAAAGCAUAAAAAAACCAACACACGGAUUUGAGCUCAACCUGCAUUUGUGUGAUUCUGAACAUGUCAAAAUCUGCUUUAAUUAUAUGCGUAACUUAUUUUGAUUUUGCUCCAUAGCUGAUAAUGUCUGCUGGAACUCGUGUGAAGCUCAAAGAAAGUUUGAAAGGUUUACAGCUGAAGAAUGUAAUAAGUUAUUUCAAUGAUAGAUGGUGAAUGUUACAAUUAUUAAUGCAGGAGUUAUAAUUGAUGGGAAUGGAAUACACAUCACCAUGUUUCAGUUCCUCCAUUUACAUUGCAGCGCUUUGUUAAUGGGACUCUGCAGCCUUCUAGCUCGACUGAGUGUCUACUGUAGAAUACAAAAGAAAAAGUAAAGCAAUAAGAAGCCUUGGCAUCCUCUGUGGCCCUGUUCCUGUUGACAUUUGACUGCGAAACCCCCCUUUUCACUCAGCGGGUCACUGCAGCCCCGGGUUCUAUUGAGCUGGCUGCAAGUACAGACACUUGUUUCCAGAAUGAUGCUCAUCCGGUCUCAGUGAGAUCCUGCUUUUUGGUCAGUGUUUCUUUGCCCUGAUAAGAGCUGCAAGACCGUUUCAGCCAUGCCAGUAUUUAAUAGAAAUGUCAUUGCUGUGGUUUCUUAAGACAGCACUUGCUUUCUGUUCAAGCAGAACUUUCUGAGAGCUUAUGGAUUUUGCUUCAUGUGAUCUUUUACUUCUGCAGUGCUCGGAAGACAAAUGGGCCUAGUCCGUCUUCCAGCACAAGCGGAAAUGAACAUUAUCAUAGUGGAAUGAUAUGCUGAACAAGUGGAUUGUGCAAUACGACUAUAUUAAUGGCAUAAAAUGACUGUUUCUCAUAGCUGUUUUGCCCAUAUGAUAAAAUUUGAUGUUCCCUCGUUACUGUACCCAGUCGAUCUCCUUGUGGGAGUUGAAUAUUAACCAAUCCGUUGUGCGGUGGUGUGUCUCAAAAUGCAAGGAUGUUGCUAGCAGCCUAUAGUAUUACAAUAAAGGAGAGUGUCAAGUCUUCACUGAUUAACCUUCCACCCACUACUUCAGAGUAGGCACUUUUCAAUACACAUUUUCCUCUGAAACACAUCUCUUUUUGUGUCUUUUACUAAAUCCUCCAAAGGAAAAGUGUAGGGUGGUUUCACUGCUCCAGACUAACUAGUCUGGAGCUGUAGGUAGCUUCCAUUUGCUGUGACCACAUUUGUGCUUAUUGUAAGGAGUGAACCUAUAAGUACCCAUUUCUGCUGACAGAUUACAAUUUGUCUUAUUUAUAUUUUUGUUUUCCAGUUUAGUAUAGCUCUGUCUUUACUGUUGUUAUGUGUUUUAUUCGUUUAAGCUGUUUAUAAUAUUAGACGAUAGUGUGUACAAUGAAUAAAAAUACAGCAUAGCAUACCUCCUUUAAAAGGGAAACUAAUUCUUGUUAUGAGCAAAUUUCUCUUCGGUUCAUCGGAAUCAUAGUGCAUGUAAAAAUGUGUAGAGGCAGCAUGGUAGUCUAGCACAGUCCCACCGAAUCAGUAGAAUUCCUCCGCCCUUUCUUGUCUUAACACUAUAUUUGCACUAUACUUUAAUCACUUACUCAUGGACAGUGGUCCAUCAUUCACAUGUACAGAGCUAGCACAUACUGUAUAUCAUUGUGGCCCUGAAACCCGAUCAGUAAUAAAUAAUGGUUCCAUCCUAAACUCUUUUAUCUUGGUGAUGUUCCCUUUAGAAAUGUAAAGCAAUGGAUCAAUCGUUUCAACAAUUAAGUUUUUUAGAGUUCUGAUGACAAAGAAGAACAAUAAACAAUUUUCGAAAC